GCCUGAGACGCCUCCGUGGGAAGGCAGAGUUUGCAGAGCAGCAAGUGCGGCCAUCCCCGCUGCCCUGCAGGGCCUCCCGCGCUCGCCCGGCCCCUCUGGGUCCGCUGUCUCUCCUCUGCCAGACGAGAUGCCUGCAAGGCUCUGGGUAGAGUUCUUGCUGAUUGCAGCUUUGUGAGCGCUGGUCAGGGCUGCCCCGUAUGAUGACUGGUUGUGAAGCUGGCAAUCCCGGGACCUUCCCACGAGGACGCACAUGUUUGCUGAGCAUGACUUAUCUUAAGCCGUUUUUUGUCCCUGCUUGCCUCUCCCUGCAGCCUGCUGUCAAAUCACAUGUGUUUGUGCAGUGAGCGCCUGCUGGUCAGGCCAAGGAGCACAGGUAUGGCGCUGGGAAUCGUUCCUUGUCUGUGCCAAAGUCCAUUUUGUGCGGUGUUGCUGCCUUUUCCCUGGAAAGGGCCUGUGGGGCUGAGCCGGGAACACACAGGAGCGCCUUCACAGAGUGAUGUGGGGCAGUGGCAGGGCAGGGGAACAGCUGCUUGGAGCAGGAAGGUGCUCACGCUGUCCCUUACACGGUAGCUGUUAGCCGGAUGCUUGUGCUCAUGAAGCACACUGACGGUUUGGGAAGAGGUUAGCAAAGUGCUGCGAGGAUGGCAUGUGUUUUAGAAAGGUCUGGCCUGCAGCAAGAGGCGCAGGAGCUGCGCCUGAUCUCUCUGCAAGGAGCUGGUUGUGAUUUUUGAUCCUCUAUAUUGGGAGCAUGAUUUCGUUUGAGAUCAGUUGCAGUUCAGGUUGGAAUUUCUUUUCCUUCUGAAGAUUAGGGCUCCUUUGGGCUGUGCUUUCCCUCAAGGGCUCUGGCAGACUUGCUAGCUGUUGACUUCCUGAUCCCAGGCUAGAGCCCUUCCUGUGUAAGAUGCUUUAGCUGAACAGGAGCCCUCAGGUCUAGGCUGCUAGGUUUCAGCAGUCCCCAGUCUGACGAGGAGGCAAAUGAGAGGGUCUGUAGGGCCUUACCUCCUGUUAAGAAGCCCACGUGACCGGUUUUGAACUGAAACUGUGACAAUUUGCCUUCUACAAGACACAUAUUCUGCUGCAACCCCAUCCCACGUGCUUUGACACUGAGAAACGUUUUUCAGCUCCUGACUAAAUACAGACCCUCAUGCAACCAUGCAAAACCUGCUGAAGCUGCGCCUGCAGGGCACCUGUGAGCCUUUGAUUUGCAUGGGGCUUCCCUGGAGGGGGUUCUUUGCUCUUCUGUGGUAGCGCGGGGGGUGCACCCCGUGCGCAAGCCCUUGGGAGACCCUGCUGCAGAGGGGCGCUGGCUCGGACGACCAGAGUGUAUGCGUUGCACUUUCAGUUCUGCAUGCGCUAAAUGUAGAAGUGCUUGCUUCCCUUCUGCGGGCUGUGCGCAGUGACACUGGCACCGUCUUCCUGCCCGUGCAGAAGCCAGACGCAGAGACCCUCGCGUUACUGGGUCACCUCGCGCGCCCCCCUUGUCUGCGCUGUUGGGAGAGUGCAGCUGGGCCUGCACGGCGCUUUGAGUGCUGAUCUUGCCUGUGUUGGAGCAUAUCCGUGAGGAAGCAGAGCUGUUCUCUGUGUCGGCACCAGGACAUCCGGGUGGCUGAGGCCCUGCCAGAGCGGGUCAGAUGAGCAGCUGCAGUGGGGCAUGUUGGAUCACUGGCUGCUGCAGCCAGAGGAAGUUGCGUGUCAGGGCCAGCUUGCGUCCGUGCCCCGCGGGGCCUGCUGCGCUGGAGCCCAGGGUCCAGUGGAAGGGCUGCUGGGGGCAACUGCUCCUCUCCAUGCAUUGGGCUGGGUGGGCCUGGGGUCCUGCUGGAAGUCCCAGGGAUGCCCCUCAGGCACAGCCAGACCCUGUGUCUGUCCACGGGUCCUGCUGGUUCUGGGCAGGUGUGGAGUCUGUCCCGAGCUGUGGGCUGGGAAGGGCUUGAUGCAUCUGGAGAGCAGCCAGGCCAGGGAGGGGGCAGAGGUGGGCCCCACGGGAGGAUGGCUGGCCGCUGGACCAGGCCGCAGGGCCAUGAGUGCUGGCCACGGGGGGCGAGUGGAGUCACGGUGUAGCAACUGGCUGCAUGGGGCCCUGGGGGGCCCGCGUGGGACAAGAGAGGCUCAGGCUUAUCUGCUCUUCCUUGGCAGGGAAAGGGACCCAGUGAUGGUGGUGUGGCAGCCCGGCGCGGCAGAGAGGGCGAUGGGGAGGCGCCAGCCUUGGAGAUGGCCGUGAACUCCAUCUACUACUCACGGGAGGAGGCGAACACCUUCUGGGUGACAGUGCAGCGGACGGAGGCUGCGGAGCGCUGCGAGUUGCGUGGUGCCUACGUGCUCAAGGCUGAGCGUGACAGCCUCAUCCUGAAGGACCCACAGACGAAGGAGACCCUCUACGUCUGGCCCUAUCGGCUACUUCGGAGAUAUGGCCGAGACAAGGUGAUGUUCUCCUUCGAAGCUGGUAGGCGCUGCGACUCUGGCCCAGGGAACUUCACCUUUGAGACCAAGCAGGGCAAUGAGAUCUUUCGCCUGGUGGAAGCCUCCAUCCGGGAGCAGAAAGCGCAGGUGGAGGAGAACCGGCAAAGCUGUGACUCGCUGGAUUCGGACAGCCCCAGCAUGGUACUGAUCCGCCAGGCCCUGGCUGACUCUCUGAGCCUGGAGCUGCCUGCGGAGGGGGACAGCACCAUGGUACCGAAAGCAGGGCUGGCACCCAGGCCCAGUGCCGUGGCGGAAGAGAGAGAUGCUGUGUCUCUGCUGAAGACCCGGACUCUGCCAGAGCCCCCCGUGCCGCAAGCCAAGUCUGCGGUCCCAAGCACACCCCCACGCUCCCCUCUGCCAAAAGUGCCCCAAGCCAUGCUGCCGGCUGAGGACCCGUCCAGCGUGUACUCGGAGCCCCUGGACUCGGUGAAGGGCUUCCGGUCCCAGCUGGACUCGCUCUACUCAGACCCCGUAGACAGCAAGCCUGGGAGCAAGGGCAAGGUGCCCGGCGGAGCCCCGGAAGAGACAAAGCUCCGGGUGCCGGUGCCGCUGUACUCGGGCAUGUACGAGCAGGUCCGGGCUGAUGGGAGGAGCCAGGCGCUGGCACCACCAGCGCGGAAGGAGCCCAUCUAUGAUGAGCCUGAAGGCUGUGCCACCCACUCUCUGCCCCCUUCCACUUUCAUCUAUGAUGAAGCGCGGCCCACAGACGAGGCGUGGCGUACCCAGGGCCACGAUGGCAAGAGCGGCUACGAGUAUCCCUACAACCCCAGCAUGGAUGAUUACUCAGUACCUGCCUUCAAGACAAAGGGCCCCAAGCCAGUGCCUGCCCCCAAGCCCCAGGCAGCGUUUAUCCCUAAAGGUGCUGAAAGAAACAUGGACCCCGGCAGGCGGCGGGUGAACCCCGCUCCUGAGAAGAUGGUCGUCAAACCAAGCCUUAAUAGCAGCAACAACAACAAUGUGGAGGUGCUGUACAGCCAGGUGGUGAAACCCCAGCACAUGCAAAAGAAGGAGCAGUCUGUGGAUGAGAACAGCUUGUCACCUGUCUACGAGGACCUAGGAGAGAUAUAGUGUGCUGCUGCCCUGCCUGCCAGGGAAGUGCUGCAGGACCAAGAACCGCUGAUGAGCAGCGUGGCCCGCUAUCCUCCACGGGUCCUGCGCAUGGGCUUGGGCAGGGGGACUGUCUUGGAUCAGGCAGUGCCCCUCUGGCUCCUCAGUGCUGAGGGGCUUUAUUUCCCUGGAGGUCCUUUGCACAGCUGAGAGCAGGAGAGCUGUGGCUGAUGCAGGUGCCAGGGGGCUUCCCUGGCUCUGGAGCUGGCUCCCCAGCCACUGCCUGGCCUGGCAGGAGGAGACAGCUGCAUCUCUCCAUGCCUGCUGCUGUUACUCUGGCUCCCUGUCCAGCCAGGCCACAGGACUGGGGUUCCUGCUGCAGUGUGUGGCCUGCUCUUUAUGGAGGACUGCUCGCUGUCACCAUCUUAAAAAAUAUUUUUAUACAAAAUUAUUUUCAUAUUAAA